GCAGGGGGUGGCGGCGGCGGAGCGAGCCGGGAGCGGGGGGCUGCUGGCUGGACGCUGCGGACUCGCCGUCUGUGGCUGUGCCCAGGGCAGGAAGUGACUCUUCAGCGCCGCGGCCGGGGGACUGUGUCUCGCUUGGGAUCGGCCAGCCACUGUAACUGUGAUCGGGGGUGCCGAGAAGCCGGCGCUGCUUCCCCCCGCCCCAGUCCUGCCUCCCGGCCGAAAGCGGCUGCAUCCCCUCGGCCCACGGGAAGAAAACUUGGUUGGAUUUAAAAUUUUCCUUGGGGUAGAAAGGAGCCCCGCUGGCGUGGGGUGAAGCUUAUUGAGACCGCGGCGAUCAAAGGAAAUAUGCUCUAAAUUUGGAAGCUGUAGAAGAUUAUCCUGAUAACAUCUAUGUAGACAAAAGAAUGUUCCAUGUGGAUGGUUAUAUUGAGCUGAUUGCUGCAUCCCACUGAGUUUGAGAUCCAAGUUCAGAAACCGAUUCAGGCUGCAAUGGUGUGAACUGGACAAGGUGGAGUGAUUCGGAAUGUUGGCUUUGAAAGCUCAGGGAAGAAGCAGUAGGGGGAAAAACGUAACACAGUGUGCCUGAAAAUGACAACAAAGCGGAACUUGUUUGUGCGGUUGGUGCCAUGCCGCUGUCUGCGUGGAGAAGAAGAAACUGUCACUGCACUUGAUUAUUCUCACUGCAGCCUGGAACAAGUGCCGAAAGAGAUAUUUACCUUUGAAAAGACCUUGGAAGAACUCUAUUUAGAUGCAAAUCAGAUUGAGGAGCUUCCGAAGCAACUUUUUAACUGUCAAUCCCUGCACAAGCUGAGUUUGCCAGACAAUGAUCUAACAACUUUGCCAGCAUCCAUUGCAAAUCUCAUUAAUCUCAGGGAACUGGAUGUCAGCAAGAAUGGCAUACAGGAGUUUCCAGAAAACAUCAAAAACUGUAAAGUUUUGGCAAUUGUUGAGGCCAGUGUAAAUCCAAUUUCAAAGCUUCCAGAUGGAUUUUCCCAACUGUUAAACCUAACACAGCUGUACCUGAAUGAUGCUUUCCUUGAGUUUUUGCCAGCCAAUUUUGGCAGGUUAACUAAACUCCAGAUACUGGAACUGAGAGAAAACCAGUUAAAAAUGUUGCCAAAAACCAUGAACAGACUGACUCAGCUGGAGAGAUUGGACUUAGGAAGUAAUGAAUUCACAGAAGUGCCGGAAGUACUUGAACAACUGAGUGGGUUAAAGGAAUUUUGGAUGGAUGGUAAUAGACUAACUCUUAUCCCUGGGUUAAUUGGCAGCUUGAAACAGCUGACCUACUUGGAUGUUUCUAAAAACAACAUUGAAAUAGUUGAAGAAGGUGUUUCAGGCUGUGAAAGCCUACAAGACCUGCUGUUAUCCAGUAAUUCACUUCAGCAACUUCCAGAGUCCAUAGGUUCACUAAAGAAAGUAACAACACUUAAAAUUGAUGAAAACCAGUUGAUGUAUUUGCCAGACUCCAUAGGAGGGCUAAUAUCCGUAGAAGAACUGGAUUGUAGUUUCAAUGAGAUUGAAGCUUUGCCUUCAUCUAUUGGGCAACUCACUAACAUAAGGACCUUUGCUUCAGAUCAUAAUUUUUUAAUACAGCUGCCACCAGAGAUUGGAAACUGGAAAAAUGUAACAGUGCUAUUUCUGCAUUCCAACAAGCUUGAAUUUCUCCCUGAAGAAAUGGGUGAUAUGCAGAAAUUAAAAGUCAUCAAUCUAAGUGACAAUAGACUGAAGAAUUUGCCCUAUAGCUUUACAAAGCUACAACAGCUGACUGCGAUGUGGCUAUCAGACAAUCAGUCUAAACCGCUCAUCCCCCUUCAAAAAGAAGUCGACCCUGAAACACAGAAAACAGUGCUUACUAAUUACAUGUUCCCCCAGCAACCAAGGAGUGAAGAUGUUCUGUUCAUAUCUGAUAAUGAAAGUUUCAAUCCCUCUUUGUGGGAGGAGCAGAGAAAACAGCGUGCUCAGGUGGCAUUUGAAUGUGAUGAAGAUAAAGAUGAAAGGGAGGCACCACCCAGGGAGGGUAAUUUGAAGAGAUAUCCAACGCCAUAUCCUGAUGAACUAAAGAAUAUGGUCAAAACAGUUCAAACGAUAGUACACAGACUAAAAGAUGAAGAAACCACUGAAGAUGGUGGCAAAGAGUCAAAGAGAGAAGGCCAGCAAGUUUCAGUAAAAGAUGUGGGUGUAAAGACUUCAGAAAUUGCUUCAGCAAAGAGCAAAACAGAAGACAGAGAGAACUAUAUGAUGGAAAACUGCGUGCAGAAGCCCACUGAACCAGAAGCUGAGCACAGCACUGGAAAUUCACAGAUGACUGCACAUGUUAAAACCUUAGAGAACACGAAAAUAAUUGUCAACCAUGAAGAUACGCUUGAGGAGUCAGAAGAACUUUCUUCUGAUGAAGAGAUGAAAAUGGCAGAAAUGCGCCCACCGCUGAUAGAAACUUCCAUUAACCAACCAAAAGUAGUAGCACUUAGCAAUAAUAAAAAAGAUAAAGAUGCAGAUUCCUUAUCAGAUGAAGCUACCCACAACAGCAAUCACAAUAACAGCAAUUGUUCCUCUCCUUCUCGAAUGUCAGAUUCAGUUUCUCUAAAUACCGACAGUAGCAAUGACACUUCAGUGUGCUCUCCGGACAAAGAAACACAUAGUGCUGCUAUUUCCAAAAUCAGGCAAGAAGAUGAAAAUUUUAAUAGCCUUUUGCAAAAUGGAGGUGAAUUAAACAUCACAGCAGAAGAAGAAAUCAAUGUGCAAGAGAAAGUUACAAAUUUACCUGAAUAUGAGUUAAGGAUUGAAGAGAGAUUAGCUCUAAUAGAAAAAGGUGUUGAUCUAAACACAACUACUGAGGAAUCACACAAAUUAGACCAAAUUAACAUGAACAUCAACAAACUGACUAGUGAAGAUACAAUACAACCAAGUGUUAUGGAAAGAUUAAAGACACAGGAAAUAGUGUCAGUAAAGGGCUGUUUAAACUAUAACAUGAAAGAAGAAACUGAGCACUUGGAAAAUAGAAAUCAAUAUUCUAACCUCUGUUCUAUAAGUAAAGUGAAUGGAAAUUCUGAGAAAGUACCACAAUCUCCAAGGAAGGCUGAAUUAAAGAGAGGCAUUACAGUUGACACUGAUUCUUCUGUGGAUAUAUGUAUUUCAAAGAGCACUGAAGAUCUGUCCCCACAGCGAAGUGGUCCUGUGGUGAAAUCUCACAGUAUCACCAACAUCGACACUGGUGCUCUAAAAAUUUUUGAUAUUGUUAAUGACAAUGGAUCCCAAGAGCCCAACUCACUGGUAAAAUCAGCAUCUGCUGGUCCAGAUGGAAAAAACAUUGUCCGAAGCAAGUCUGCUACUCUUCUAUAUGACCAACCUUUGCAGGUAUUUCCUGGAUCAUCAUCAUCUUCUGAUUUAGUAUCUUGUACAAAAACUUUGUUUAAGUUUGAUUCAAAUCACAAUCCUGAAGGUGCUAAUGUAGUUAGAGGACCAGGGGCAAGUGGUGCACAGAUGUUCAGUGUACCUCAGUAUAAUAUCCAAUAUAGCAGCAGUACAACAGCCAAAGACACCUUGUGGCUCCCAAAACAAAAUGCCCAAAUAGAACAAGGGAGCUUACCACCUCAGCGUCUAUCUAGGUCAGACAGCACAGAAAGCUCUAAUUAUGUAAAACAUACUGCCAACAUGAAUUUCUCCAAUCAUAAUAACGUUCGAGCCAAUGCUGCAUAUAACAUGCAUCAAAGGAUGGGUGGAAGACAUUUAGAAAUGUGGGCUAUUCCACCGAAUGAUAGACUUGUUCCUGGAGCAACCAGAAAUACUCUUCAGAGACAGAGCAGCAUAUCCUCUACAGCUUCCAUAAAUGUUGGUGAUACUGGACCCCCAAGGCGUGCCCAGGUUCCUGAAGGGGACUACUUAACAUAUAGAGAUUUGCAUUCAAUGGGAAGAGCUCCACCAAUAAUGUCUGGGCAACCGAGACCUCUUUCUGCAAGAACGUACAGCAUUGAUGGUCCAAAUGCACCUAGACCUCAGAGUGCUCGUCCUUCAGUGAAUGAAAUACCAGAAAGAACUAUGUCAGUUAGUGACUUUAAUUAUUCACGGACUAGUCCCACAAAAAGACCAAACCCAAGGGUUAAUUCUGAACAUUCUUUGUUAGACCCUCCAGGAAAAAGCAAAGUCCCUCAUGAUUGGCGGGAACAGGUGCUGCGACACAUUGAAGCUAAAAAGUUAGAAAAGAGCAUGCUGUCUAGGUCCUUUAAUUCCAAUUAUGCUGCAGUUAGCAGCUUUCAGUAUGGCAGCUCUAGGGAUCUGCAUGGCAGCCAGAGUAGUGUUGCCUUGAGUGUUGCAGACAGAAGAGGUUCUGGUGUGCACAUUGUUCGUCAUCCCCAGACAUCCACCCCAGGAGAGCCAUGCCAAGAGGAUGUAUUCAUUUCAGGACAGCAGAACUAUUCAUCUGGCACACUUAAUCUCAAAGAUGUUCCUCCAGACAGCAUGAAGAAAGUAGCUGCACAGAUACCUUUGACAAAUGGGCAGAUGUGCCAGCCUCACAGGCCUCAGACAAACUAUAGUCAAGCCCAUCAUCCACCUCCCCAAGCAUCUGUGGCAAGACAUCCCUCUAGAGAGCAAUUAAUUGAUUAUCUGAUGCUGAAAGUUGCGCAUCAACCUCCCUAUACUCAGCCUCAGUGUUCUCCCAAACAAGUCAAUGAGAUGGCAAAGCAAGAGAUUCGAGUGAGAAUUGAAAAAGAUCCAGAGCUAGGAUUUAGUAUAUCAGGAGGAGUUGGUGGUAGAGGAAACCCAUUCAGACCUGAUGAUGAUGGUAUAUUUGUAACCAGAGUGCAGCCUGAAGGACCAGCAUCUAAAUUGUUGCAGCCUGGAGAUAAAAUAAUUCAGGCUAAUGGAUACAGCUUCAUCAAUAUUGAUCAUGGACAAGCGGUGUCCUUGCUGAAGACUUUUCAGAACACAGUGGAACUCAUAAUUGUGCGAGAGGUUUCUUCAUAAAUACUGUGGGGGAAAAAGCCAGCAAGAUUCAUCAAAGGACUUGUGGGAAACUGAGUAUUUUGAUUAUUUUUAUAUAUGAAAGGAACUUGAAAAAAUUAUGAUCAAAAUUUGUACAGUAAUGAAAUAUUGAACUUGUGGUUAUGGGGAAGAACCACUGUAUAGAACAUACAGGAAACCAUUUUUGAAAUGCAUAUGGUGAAUAACCCUGGUUACAUUUUUAAGCAUUAUAGCAAUCAAGAAUCACUCCUCCAAGAACAGACCUGUGUUGUUUUUGUACAGAUGGUCGGUUUAUUUUUGGAUAAUUCAUACACAUUACUAAACGUUGUGCAAGGCUGUGAGAAGCCUCAGCUGUAGCCAGUGGACAGAUGGCAGGGCUGUCUGUCCUGUAGCUGUUUACUGCCUUUAUUUUUAUUCACUGGGUAUUAAUGUGUUAUGCUGAAACCACUUCUCUAGAUAUGGGCAAGAGAUUUGAAACGUUGGCUUUGCUAUGUGCACAUUGUAUAGAUGAAUGGGUAGAUGGAAGUUGGUGCUGGUUGGGUUAAUUUAAAGGCCUAGUGAAGAACUAUUUGCUAUCAGUAUCUGGAAUCAAGAAAGAAGGAAACAUUUGGUUAGUCUGGGAGUGUACGUCUACCACUAGAAUAACGCAAUAAAAGCAUAAUGUCUUUUUAGGAAGACUAUAAUUACAUUAUUGUGAGCUCUUCAGGAUUUGUUCUUAUCAUCAUCAUCGACUAUCCAUUUGCUAUGUGUGAUUCAAGUUUAUUUUUUUUAUUUGCAUACACAAUUUUUUUUCAACUGUACUGUGGAGAUGUGCCCAGAGGUUUUUCUCUGCCAUGGAAAUCCCCGAUUUUGUGCAAAUGGUGAUACUUCUAUCUUCUUUGUAAUAAGUACUCAAUUUUAAACUUAUUUAUAGAUUUUUUUUUAAAAAGGCCAGUUUUUAAGAUUGUGUUGCCUGUAAAACCCACAAAACACACACACACAGUAAAUGGGUUAGGAAAGAAGGAUUAGGAAAGUCAUCUUGAUUUUUGUUUGGCCUUGCAUUGCCUUGUUAAACUAAAAGGAAACAAUACGCAUGGAGCUAGGUAACCAAAGCAAGUUUGUGAAACUGUUGAACAGUGACGGAUAAUUGCUAAGGGUAACUGUAGAGCAAAAGGACGGGGUACUUGGAACCCACCAGUUUGUAACGAUAUUUCUUAAAGGGCUGUUCCUACAGGAAACAUUAAAUGUGAACUAGACACUUCAGAGUCAUUAAAGGGUUUCUAACUAUAUUAAUGUAAUAGUGAUUUACCACAGGCUGCCUUUGUUCCUUAUUACUGUAUAAAAUAUUUGAUUAUACUUUUUGUUUGCCUGACACAUUAACUUUAUUUUCUCUUUUUUUCCUAUGUAAUUGAGUAGAGAUUGCAUAAUCUGCAGUGGUAAUUAAAACAUGGUUGUUAUGGACCAGGGAAAAGUGCCAUAGAAGACCAAUAACUGUUUUUAAUCAGGGCUAAUUAUUAGCCCAUCAUUGGAGCAAUAUUCAUUUGUUGCAAUUCAUUUUUAAUUAAUAAAUAUAAGUUCAUAGUUUUAAACUGGUAGAAACUGCCUUUUCAACCCAUAUGUAAUAAAAUGUUUUUAAUAAAGCUAGCAAAAACACCAGCCCACUUUCAUUUUUGGAAAAAUGAGCUGGAACAUAAAGGAAUUAUACAUAGCUAGCUGAAAUAAACAGGCAGUACUUUUUAAAUACGUGAACUCCAAUAUUAUUGCACUUCUUUCAAAACUGUUAAUCUGUUGCUUCUUGUACUGUGUAUAGUUCUAAUAAUUUUAACUGAAACCCUUUAACAACUCUUUGUAUAUUAUAAUUUUUAGUUGAUUUUCUGUAAUAUUUACAUAGGAAUUGAUUUUUUUAAUAUUAGCAGAAGUGUGCUGUAUUUUGAUAAAAUUCACUUAUUUUCUGUGUGCUUUAAUCUUUACAGAAAAGAACAAAAAUAUAGCUAUAUAAUGGCAGGCUUCCGCGUUCCUUUUUUCCCCCUAAGACUUUUUAAUUUCUCAAUAUAUUUUUUUAUCGACAAUGCAAAAUGAUCACAUGACGUCUUCAUUGCUUUUAAUCAUACUAUUUUUAAUCACACUCUGCCUUUUAAAGGGAAUACAUACAGAUAAAUCCUAAUUUAACUUGACCUGAUACAUAAACUGUAACUUUGAGGAGGGAAAAGUCCAAAAACCAGAACUGAUUCUUUACUGAUCUUGGACUUAUUUUAACUUUGUGUAUAUUAUACAGUAGGUUUAAAUAGUUCAAUGAGGGUUUUACUGUUGCAAAUGCUGUAACAUUUUUCUUUAAUGUUAACAGAAGGUUUAAACUAUGUUGUGUCAAUUAACUUAAUUUGUAAGGUUGUGUAUUGCAGAAAAAUACUGUUACCAAAAACAUUGUUUUGGCUAUGGUAUAACUGUAGGAGUUUAGUACUUCUUGUGGAAAUACUUGGCCAAAGUCUGUCUUCAAGAAAUUAGCAAACUAAUCAUGAAAUAAAAUAUUGAUUGUAUUGAUUUUACAAAGAAAAUAUUGGAGGUGUUUUUUAAAAAUGUAUUGAAAAUGGUUAGGGGAUUUAAAAAAAAUCAACAUUCAUGUUUUUUGGAGAGUGGGAAGGGAGAGGUCUGUUUAAUUAGUCCAUUCAAAAUACAGGAGGAGCAGAACCAUAUCAAAGUUAUUUAGCCUAUAUUUUCAAACAAAAUCAAAUUCAUCAACACAAGUGUGGAAUUAAUAAAGUUUACAUCAACUCAAUGUUCUCUCUCAUCAUAACAAUUCAUUAAAGAAUCAGUUCAACUUACAAUGAAAUUUCCCACGUAUUUAUUAUGUAAAUAUUUUUCUGACUUCCUUUUUUGGACUGGAGUUUAAAAAGUGUGUAUAUACUUGAAAGCAUUCUAUGAACACAAACAGCAAUAAGCAACACACAGAAUCAAGCCUUGAUGAUUGAUUUGCUGUACUACUUUUUUUAGAAUUAUUUCCUUGUCAGCAGUUAUGAAAUGUUUUUAUUGAUCAGCAUUUAUCCAACAUUCCAAAUUUUUGUAUAUAAUUAGAUUGUUUCUGAGAUAACACAUGGAGAAUAGAUAAUAAACUAAUGCUCUUUAAA